AUGGUUGUCCUGGUAUGGGUACUGGUUGGCUGCCUUUCUGCUGCUGUAGCAGAGGACCCUAACCUCUCAUCUCUAUAUCCUCCUUUCUGGGAAGACAUCACUGGACAGUUGAGUGGUUUUGAUUUGGAGGAUGGAAAGUACAUAAUAAACCCAUGGGAAUUCACUGAUAGAAUGAAAUUGUAUAAAAUCUUACUGAAUAAGACCGCCCCAUAUUUUGCAAAAUAUGGUCCAGAAAAUGAACAAAAUCUUUUGUGGGGAUUGCCUCUGCAGUUUGGAUGGCAGUAUACAACAGGUAGAUUAUCUGAUCCCACUGGAAAGACAACCUGUGGCUAUGAAAUUUUAGACGAGCUAUGUGUGUCUGUGAACAGUUGGUGGGCUGAUGUAAAUUAUUUUUUGAGUGUGUUACCUUUCCUUGCUGCUGUUGAUUCUGGCAUACUGGGGAUAUCAUCAGACGAAUUCAGGAUUUCACUACCACCUCUGGAUGAGUCAAGGUUUUGUUAUAAUGUUUCCGACUGCAAAGAGUUGGUUGGUGAAACAAUGGACAGCUGGUCUACCUUUUUUGAGUACAUGCAGUUGCCUUCUAGCGACUUUGACGGCCUUUUAAAGCACUUAUGGGCUGCUCAUACCUCGUCCUUGGAGUAUCCUGUCAGUGCCUUUGAAGACAGAUAUGCAUAUUAUUCUAAACAAGAAGUAAAAUUUGAGGAAAACUGGUCUAUUGCUGUAGAGUACAUAGCUGCGGCCUACUUUCCUACAACCCUGAAUAGAACAAACAGCUUUCAGAAGGGUCUGCCGCCACGCCUUCUUUAUGAUACUGACAUAGCCCCUCUUAUUGCUAACUUCACUUCUCUUCAGAACCAAGUCCUGCUGUCACUCACGGCUCUUGGUGAUAUUCAUAAACUUACAGGAUCAUCAUCUUUGACUGCCUGGAAAAUUCUCAUGAGUACAAAAUUUGCAAGGGAACAAUUUCUAAAAGCGUUUGAAGCCUAUCUUGGAGCACCUACUUCUGACUUCAAUUUUUAGUGAACAAAGAACAACUGCCUUUGACCACAAGCAAUUAAAAAUAAUGACUUUGAUCACAACCGUGUAGGUUUAUGAUUUGGGGAUUUUUGCUU